ACGGACGCUGCAAUGGCUGUCAGUCCGCUGCAAACUACGGUCCGAACCGGUGGUCGCCACCAGCUGCCGUUACUGACCCAGCUCGCGCCGCCGUUCAAUACAAACGCAAUGUAUUGCAGUUAAUUAUUGCAGUGCAGUAGCCGCUCACACUAUAGCUUAACCAAAUAAGCCAAGUUGCCUUUACAUCGAUCUCGAGUAAGUUUGUUUGGUUCUGGGCGUGUUUGUGCAUACCAAGCGAGAACGUUGAGCACGUAAGCAGCAGCAGCAGCAGCAGCAGCAGCAGCAGUGGUCUCUAGUAAAAUUACCAGUGGAACCCAAGAGUUAAGGUACAACUGCUAGUAAAUGCGAAAAAUUGAAGUGCUUCUCUCAGUACAAUCCUAUUGUGAACGACUAAGCGUUAACUAGCAAGUCGAUUGGAUUAAAACAACAUAACGGAAAUACUCAGUGAUUAGAUAAAGAAGACGAGCCAGUCAUCACAUCACGCCUUGUUUUGCCGAAAAACGUACGGCCGAGUGCAGAUUUUCUAAGGAAACUUUGUUUUUAGUAUCGUACUACAGCAGGACGAUCAUUGCCGUUGUUCGAUACUGAUAGCAAGAUGUACAUAACUUUGCACCAGUGACUGCCCUUUUCACUAUCGUCUAUUUGAUGAGGCCAAGCCACCUGUCCCGCUGAAGGUGAAGUUAAGUGCCGUCAAUAUCCAUGUCUGAUUCAGGUCAACAAAGCAAUCCUACACAGCAGUAUGGACGGGCAACGCAAAUAAAUCGCAUAGCGCGUACCUGAGACAUAGUUCAAGUCAGCUCUUGAAUUCUUGUGUGACAAUAGUUAUCAAAGUCGGUCUAACUUAAGUUGACGUUGUACAACAUCAGCUUCAAAUAUUGAAUGCUUCAGUGCUGUUGCCCGCACCGCCGACAUCGCCACCUGCAUCACCGUCAGCACCAUUUAAUUAGGCACAUCCAUAUCCGCACGGUGUACUUUCUAAGCACCAUCCGCAUUGGUGCAAGUGUCGCUGCUGUGGAACCUCGAGCGGUCCAUCUUGCUUUUGCCCCUGCUGCUGCUGCCAGCUGCUGCCUGUCGAAUUGACUGACCCAGUUGGGUGUGUGAAUGUUACGUCAUUGAGGCCUGUGUGUGCGUCUGUGUUGGUGCAUUCAUUAGUGCAGGCGAACCCAGGGCAGGGACGGUUUUGGACACUGGGACGGCCAGCGUAAGUAGAAUCACACACACAAAUACGCAGCUGUUGGCAAAGAUAGCAGCAUCAUUAUAAUCAUCAAGAUCAGUCGCGAGACAAACGAUUUGCUGCCAUCGUCGCUCUCGCUGCCGCUGCAAGCCGUAGCAGUGGCACAGCAGAACACAGCAUUCGUGCAGGCCGAAGCCCUUCGGUGAAGGCAACGUCGCCAGCAAGUACCAGGCAACGACAAACGCUUCGCUACCCGGGAACCACCCGAUGACGUGUGGGUGCUUUGUGGGGUGCUUCGUUUGCUUUAGCUUUUGCAACUCCUGCUGUAACAGCAGCAUCAGUUGUUGCCGCUUUUGUGGGUCCGGAGCGAUCACGCGUCGGAGACGCCUUUGGGCCGAAGAACAGGCGUUAAUGAAUUAGCGAUGAACUAAAAGCGCCCAAAUGAGACAGUACUAGUCUUGUGAUGACUUGGUUUGUCCCGCCCCCAAAAGCCUCUGAGGCACUGCGUAGCUGGGGAAUUGUCCUUCUACGUUUUUGUUGCAGUCCAUAGUUGCCUGCUUACUCGCGAAAUCCGCGUGUUUGUGGAGUGGACGAAAAAACAGACUAUAUAUAUUCUCUACCAAAAAAGGCUGCUUUUUGCGCUGUGCUUGUGGACCGAAUCAGUAUCAGUGCGUGCCUAAGAAAUCAGAAGCCUCCGUACGUGCAAUUUCUUUGCGGCCGUUUGAUGGCCUCGGCUCUCCACAUCCUCUACCCAAGCGAGAGCUAUAAACUCGACAAGAUUCGCUCCCCACUGCCGUCCGUGCCGGUUGGAGCUGGUGGCGGCCUACUAACUGGCCUGUUUGCCGACAGAAUGGCUACAACAGGCCCGUUUGGGCCAAUGGCGCUACCGGUUCCGCUGGCCUGUCUCCAGCCGAAGUUAGCCGGACACCCGGACAAUCCUGGCCUCGAUAUUUGGCUGCAACUGACCCGAGGGGCUGGUGGAGCUCCGCCGGUCAUUGCAUCGGCUACUCCAGAUGACGUACGGUUCCGGCCGAGUCCGCCCCGCGGUGACUAUCCUCAAACAGAGCUACCUGAUUCGCCAUGCGAUCUUCGAGUCUCUCCGAGACCACUACAAGCUGUACCUCUUGUUAAGCCAGGCUCCUACAAUAGUAAAAGUCCCCCUUCUGCGAGUUCAGGGGUUCCUACCACAAACGGCGGGGGACCAACGGUGAAGAGACGUGGCCGUGGUAAAGAACGUAUCUGGACACAGAUCGAAUGUUUCAACAAUGAUGGACAGGCUAAGGCUUUCGUGCAAGCUGAAAGGACGUGGGUGAUGCAGAAAAAAACCCAGGUCCAAGAGGGAACCAAGGUCUAUUACGAAUGCUCUAAGUAUCGAUCGGCAAAGUGUCCCGCAGCAGUCUCAAUACUCUAUCAUGCAAACAGCGAUCGAGUAUCGGUGUUUCGAGCUUCCGGCGAUCACAAUCACGCACCACUAGAGCCGCGUCACAGUAACAAAAAUUCGAAUAACGCGUCGCACGCUAACAAUGGUACCGUCAGCACUACGAGUCAUCAUCAACAACAGCCGCUUAACCACAAAACACACACAAGCACAAAUGCACAGGUUAGGUCAGAACGAUCCGAAGGUAGUAGUUCCGUAAUAAAAAAUGGCCAGGAAAUUGCUCGCAUGGCAUUACAAGCCAACGGUGGGGAAUUUAGCCCGCCAGCGACAACGACUGCUGGUGCAUUAUCGUAUAAAGCUGAUCCCGUAGCGCCAACACUGCACCGUCCUGUAGCGACCUAUCCUAUGAAGAGGCCUGAACCCCUCGAGUUGCGUCAUAAAUUUAAGCAACACGCGAUUGGCCUAACCAGCGAUGGUUUGAUAGCCCACUCUAACUCCCUUCCUCAUAUUCGCGCCCCAGAGCCAACCCGUGCGGCACACUUUGACUAUGCCAACUACCACCUGCAGCAACAGUAUUCGCCCCAUCAUCCGUCACCGCACCAUAACCAUGGUGAACAUGCCCACCACAACCACAGCACGAAUCUAACCCAGCUCGAUUCACAUUCACCGCCCCUGAUGGGAUUUCGUCCACUGCCACGAGAUUCGAAGUUGAGCAGCCGAAGUCGCAGCCGAUCGCGCAGUCGAAGCCGAAGUCGAGACGAUGAGGACGACGGCGGAACAACGCCUCAAAGCGAUGCCAGGUUAACCGACAGCAGCCACGAGUCCGGUUCGGAAAGUUCUGCGAGUUGCAGCGGCAGCAGUACCGUUGCAAGCACCGUCGCAACAACUGCAACGACGAUUACUCGACAUUCGGUUAUCUCACGUACUCCAUCAGCGCCACUUCCACUCUCACUUUUGCCGGAUGGCUCGUCUCGUUGUUUCGUAAUGAACUGUCGAAGUAACCAUUUGGCCGAUCAUUUGCCGCAGCUGCCCCCAACAAUGGCGACAGCAGAAGGUUCGCCGUCAUCGUCUGGUGUAUCUUGCUCUUCGUCCGAGUCGUCACUAACUGGUGCCAAGAUUGCACCAGUAGCAAUGCUACACUUCCCAAAGGACCUGCUCAAACGUAUGGUCUGGAGCAUGAACGUAAACAAGACUAACGCUGAUGGCUCGCUGUGUAUUGCCGCUAGCGGAGACCUCAUCUGUGCAGCACAUUUCAGCCGGGAUCGGUUCGAAGUUUUUCCCGGCGUCCUGAAGCCUGAUGCUGUUCCAACAUUGUUCGGACCAGACCUCGUAUUUAUACGAUCAGAAGGAACCCACGAUGCCGAACAAACCGACUGCAAGGUGACAACUUCAAAGGAAGUUCCCGUACGUAGGCUAAGAACUGUCCGCAAACGAGUACACAGUGCAUCUCUUUUGCGACGACUACAACGAGCUCAGCACACGGUGGAUAAGCUGAGACUCAGCAAUCGAGCUCACCGGGCCAAGAUCAACAUUCUCAGAAGGAUGGUAACCAGAAUUACUGCGCGUAAAACAGAGCGGGCUCGUUAGACGUUCAAGUGUACAGCAUGGCGUUACAAUUGCACAUUGGUCGCCGAAUUAAUGACUAUGGCGGCCGUACAUUGUACAGCGUUCUUCGAUGCUUCUUCGGACAGAUUUGUUUUUUGGAAAACCUUCAAG